AUGGCGCUCUACAAAGUGAUCUGUGUGGCAGCUCUGCUGACUCUACUGGCAGCAGUGUGCGGUCGUCCUCGACUCAACACUAGGAUUGGUGGGGGACGGGAGGCCCCUGCAGGCAGCUGGCCCUGGCAAGCCAGUCUGCAAAGAUCUGGUGACCACUUCUGCGGAGGAUCCCUCAUUAACAAAGAAUGGGUGCUGACAGCUGCUCAUUGCUUUGAUAGCACAAGCACAAAACAUCUGGUUGUUGUCCUCGGACUCCAGAGUCUACAGGGGUCCAACCCCAAUAACGUGUCUCUGACAGUCUCCCAGAUCAUCAAUCAUCCCGACUACAACAGAAACACUUUUGACAACGACAUCUCCCUCCUGAAGCUCUCCUCACCGGUUACUUUCAAUGACUUCAUUCUGCCAGUGUGCCUGGCAGCCUCAGACAGCACCUUCUACGAUGGAGUGAACACCUGGAUCACCGGCUGGGGUGACAUCGGACCUAAAACAACUCUUUCCCAACAAAACCUCAUGGAGGUGGAGAUGCCUGUUGUUGGGAACAGACAGUGUGACUGUGACUAUGGACAGAGCUCAAUCACAGGCAACAUGAUCUGUGCUGGGUUUACCGCUGGAGGGAAGGACUCCUGUCAGCUUGAUACAGGUGGUCCGAUGGUGAGAAAGACAGGAAGUGUUUGGGUCCAGGCUGGAGUGAUGAGCUUUGGAGAAGGUUGUGCACUGCGUAAUUUCCCAGCAGUCUAUGCCAGAGUGUCCAAGUAUCAGUCCUGGAUCAACAGUCAAAUCACCAGCGACCAGCCAGGCUUCGUCACCGCCACGUCCACUGGGACUGACAGUGACGUCAGUGUCAAGUGUUCCAGCCUGCCUCAAACAACUGAACUCAAGUGUAAGUAA